ACAACGGUCACAUAUUCGCCUUUGUACACCUAUCGCCAAUCAAACGGUCAAACGAAACGAAAAGUAGCAACGGAAAACCAACGUACGAUUCCGCCCAAAGGUGUGUGCCUUUUUUUGGGGGAGAAAAAGGGUAACGCGCCGAAAACAAUUCUAGUGCCGGGUCGUUCCGUUCCACCGCGCUGCGCGAUGGAAAGGCUCAAGGCAGAGAACGAGGAGCUGCGGCAGGAGCUGUACACGGUGAAGAAAAAGCUGCAGGUAGCGAACCAGAUCAGCACCGAUCUGUCCGACGAGCUGGAACAGCAGGUGGCCAGAUCGAACCGGCAGCUGGAACAAAUGCGCACCGAGCACGCGACCCAGCUGAAGGCGCUGGAGGCAAGAAUAGAGCAGCUGAGCAAAGAGCUCGAAGCGCAACGCUCCGAGCCGCCGCAGGAGUGCCCGCCCGCGGACGGGCCCGUCCCCGAGCACAUCGAGGAAACGCUCCGGAUGGUGCAGGAAAAGUCGCUGCGCGCCAAGCAGGACUGGGAGGAGGAGGAGCUGCAGUAUCAGUCGGAAAUCGUGCAGCUGCAGCAGAAGCUGACAACGGCCGACCGGAAGCUCACCGGCGCGCUGACCAACAUUGCCGAGCUGAGCGAGGAGAUCGAGCUGCUGCGGGAGCAGCUCGCGUCCAAGAAGGGCAACCUGGAGAUCAAAGCGCAGGAGGCGGAGGAGCUGCGCGACCUGCUCGAAGCGACCCAGCAGCAGAACGGCAUGCUGGCGGCGGAGCUGGCCGGUUUGCGCUCCAACUCGAACAGUGCACUUGAGAAGGGAAAUUCCUUGUUCCGGGAGGUGGCCGAUCAGCGCAAACAGCUCAUGCAGUGGUACACGCAGCUGAAGCAGCGCUUCUUUCAACUCAAGAGCGAGCACGAGGACUGCCCGCGAGAGAUCCGCACGCUCCGUAUGGCGCAGCGCGAGUCCCAGACGCAGUACGAGCGGUGCGUCAAGCUGGUCCGGUCGGCGGAGUACUACAACGCGCAGGCGCUCCACGGGCAGAUCAAGGAUCUGACCGAGCAGCUGGCCCGGGCGGACCAGCGGGUGCGCUACCUGGAACACGAGAUGGCCUCCAAUAGCGUUGACUGGGUAAACAUGCUCGUCGAGUACUAUAAAAAAGAAACGGAUAAACUAAGAAGCUCGCUCAACUCCUACCAGCACAAGCACCGCGAAGCGAUGGACAUGCAGGAGGAUGCGGUAAAGGAGGCAUGGAAGUGGCGGCUGGAAGCACAGCGGAUGAGGCUGAAAAUGCUGCAGAUCGCGGUGCCGCCGGCCCCGGCAGACCUUACCGAAGGCGCCUGUUCGCCGACCUCCGACACAACGCUAGUGCCGCAGAGGGAGGGGCCGGACAGGGACGGGCAGAGAGAAAGCAGCCCCAAGGAUACGGUGGCACCGGAAACGGUCUCGGAAACGGCGGAAAAUAAAUCCCCCGAUGUCACCGUCAUCUGCAACGCAAAGGCUGACGAAAGUGGCGCCAAGACGAUCACCACCACCACCACCAAGCCGUGCAUGAGUGGUCCGCCCACGAAGGAGGAGGUUGCCGGCGCGAUGCCGCUGCAGGAAAGGAACGCAAACCAGCUGGUGAUGAAGAUUGUGCCCUUCAAGUGCUACAAAAUUAGCGACCUUAUCGCGAAGCAGCAGGAAGAGACGGACAACGCUUCGCCACCGGAAGCAAAGCACGCAGCGGGAGAGGGAGAUGAUGCGGGCAAGUAAGCUAGUGCGGGCCGCAAAUGCCUUCGGUGCUGCGCUGUGCUGCAGAAACAAGGCAGUAGGUUUUGUUGUUGCCAUUGUUCGUACCACAUUGCAUCUGUUAAUUCUCAUGUCAUUUUAAUGUUUAGAAAUAAAUUUUAAAGAAGGCGCUCUUCGAGUCAAAUCGGGUCAAAUGCCUAA